AUGGAGGUGAUUCUACACAUGUGGAAAAUGUUGGUGUUGAAGUUAAACAAACCGCACGCUCCAUUCAGAGUGGCCAAAGGAAUUCUUUAGCAAUCAAAAAUGUGCAAAUAUUGCCUUCAAAUGACACGUCUGGGAGGCCAGGUGACAGAAUGAUGCAACUGCCAGAGAGCAGGAAUCUUGCACCCUUCAAAAAUAAAAAUGAAAAGAAUGGUACAAAACAAGUGGACUUUGCUAAACCAUCAUUUAAAGAUACGCAAAAAAUGGGUGAAUCUUUGGUGCCUCACAGUAUGUGGUCGUUUAGAGAUGACAUCAACUCCUACAGCGAUCUUGUGAAAAAGGUCGUGCAUGAAAAUGGUCAGCGAGCCAAUCAUCGUAAAGCUUCGAUUUUAGAUAAAUAUGUGUUCCCUGUGAAGCAUGCGAACAGUGAAGACAACAAAAGAUCAAUGGGAGAAGAUGGUUACCAGAAACAUCGUUUCCAUGACGGUCUACAAAACUUUGAACCCGACCAUCAUGUUCUUCAACUGGAUCGCUCGCCUAAAGAACUGGUGUACAAGUUUCAAUCUGACACUGACAACAUCAAUCACGGAGACAGCGAAAGCACUCGUCCUGAAACAUGCAAAGGAUGCAUGAAUCUUGGCUUCACAUAUCUAGUCAAUGGCUCAACGAUUUGCCAAAAGGGCAGAAACGGCUUGGACUUGCUGAUUCUUGUGGCGUCUGAUCCAGUCAAUGAACUCGCCCGAACGGCGAUUCGCUCCACAUGGGGCAGAAUUUGUCGCAGACCCGACUCAAACAUCGCCUGUGUGUUCAUGAUCGCCAACACUCCAAAUCUUUACCUGAACCAGCAAGUAUUCAAGGAAAGUUUAAAGCACGAAGACAUCGUCAUCUUUUCCUUCAUGGAUGCCUACACGAAUUUGACGUUUAAAUCACUCAUGGGACUUCGAUGGUCCCAGCAGUUUUGUCCGCAAGCGUCGUACAUAAUGAAAACGGACGAGGAUGUUUAUGUUAAUACUCACCAAAUACCCAUAAUGCUUCGGGCUGCCCCGAGCGAGGGGUUUGUGGGUGGGUUCUGUUGGGGUCAAUCUAGGCCCAGUCGAGACCCCAGCAACAAGUGGCAUGUUUCCUAUAACCAGUAUGCAAGGGAGUUCUUCCCACCAAUGUGUUCUGGGACUGGUUACAUCCUCAGUCACGACCUUGUCAUAUCCAUUUUGAAAGUCUCGCCAAACAUUCCAUUCUUUAAUCUAGAAGACGUGUACAUUGCCUUUUGUUUUCAAGAACUUGGAAUUCUUCCGAUAAAUAUUCAAGGAUUUUCAAACAUGAGGACAGACUUCCAGUCGUGUGAAUAUAAGUAUUAUGUCAUGACAUCGCAUCAGAUUAGUGAAAUGGAAAUGAUAGACUUCUGGGAGGAAAUCCAGACUUGCCCUGACCAUGCAUUCUCCCCCCAGGAGCUGUACAAUCCACUUAUGUUACCUGAUCUGACAGAGUAGAGGCCAGCCUUUACUCACAGGUGUUGUGUGAAUGGAAAGACUUGUUAUAUGCACCAAAAAUAUGCAUUUUUAGAACACUUUUUUCUUUCUCUUUAUGCAUUUGAAAUAUCAUGGGUUGCAUUUUCAGAUGUGGUUUUUUCUUCUCUUAGUUCGGAAACAUCAAUGUGUUACAUGUGAUGUCUUUGCUUCCCUUAGGUUUGGAACAUCAUGCUAUGUCAUACACAUACACUAGAAAAAGAAUGACGGAUUUUUUCCUUCUCUUAGUUUUAAAAUAUCAUUGGUUGCACACACACUACGAACAUAGGAAAUUUUGUUCAGCUCUUAAAAAGUAACUGCUUUCAGACAUCUCUUCUCAUUUUCAUAAUAUCAGUUUUUUCAUAUUUCUUCCACUUUUUUUUGUUUUUCUCAAAUGAAUGAGAAACAAUACUGAGUUUAUGGCUCAAGGAACAAGUUAGGCACACCACCAUCGGAGGACUGUAUCGCAGAGUUAUCUUCCCUUAGACAACAUCCAGAUGCCAACCUUGGUCCUGAGCCAUAUGAGGGCAGGCUGAAAAGAUGUCAGCCAGAGGUACUAGGACUCAGUAUCUGCUGGUUAUAAAUUGAACAGCCCCUUAUCAAUACACAUGUAUAAUGGAAAUGUGAGAAAUCCACCACAGAGAAAUUAUAUUGAAAAAGAAAAAUUAUUUUAUUCUUUCUUUGUUCUUUUAAGUUCCUCAGGCCGAUAACUUUUCAGAUAGCCAUCUGUCUCAGUAUUCUAUUUCAUUGUCUGUGAAAGAACAUUCUCCAUCAUCCAGGCAUUCCGUGAGGUCUGCCCUCUUAGCACUCUUUCUCCAUCAUCCAGGCAUUCCGUGAGGUCUACCCUCUUAGCACUCUUUCUCCAUCAUCCAGGCAUUCCGUGAGGUCUGCCCUCUUAGCACUCUUUCUCCAUCAUCCAGGCAUUCCGUGAGGUCUGCCCUCUUAGCACUCUUUCUCCAUCAUCCAGGCAUUCCGUGAGGUCUGCCCUCUUAGCACUCUUUCUCCAUCAUCCAGGCAUUCCGUGAGGUCUGCCCUCUUAGCACUCUUUUAGCGAAUAUUAAAUGUGAUGACAACUCAGCAUUUUGAGUAAUUCUUGUCCGGAAAUCAAUAGUAUUUUUUAUUUACCGAUUUAUGCUUAAGCCAUGGUGCUAGGGGGCGUGCACAUUGCUACUUUUGAAGGAUACAAUGUAUACAUGAACACCUUAACAAUGGUAAAUUGACAAGAGGUCGUAUUUCACCGGUUACGUGUGACCAUUUGUCAGCUAUCACACUGUUAUUGCCACUCUGGUUUUACUCUCUAUGCUGUACGUCUUUUAUACUUACAACGGACACAAGGCUCAGUUUUCUUGUUCUAAUACAUAAUGCCAAUGUGUUAGUAAAUUCUGGAUUACAAAUCCAUUUAAAAAGACUGAGUCUUUUGUCCACCAUUUUAUUGUUUUAUUGGCAGUAAUUAUUGGUUUUUGCCAAAGUGCUACUUUGUAAAUCAUGUCGAGUUGGCUUCCAGUUUACCAGUUAUUUCUGCUAAUUAUGAAUUCCAUGUUUCUUAUAUAAUAUUUAAGUAUGUUAAUUAACCAUGCUGGUCAUUCAUGGGUACAGGUAUUCAUGCAAAUGUCUGUAUAUAUUCAAUGUUCACACACAUCUUAAACGGAAAGAAUCCAUCAAGCUAUCCUUAAAACUGUGUGUCUGCUGACCUCACCGAUCUGACAAAUUAAAAUCAUGCUCACCUGAAAGUUUGCAUUAGCCACGUUCAGAAUAAAACUUUGAUUCGAUAUUCACACAUAGAUUGAACACAAAGGUCUACCAAAAAUCCAUCCAACUCUCCUUAGAAAUGCACAUCUGUCGGCCACACCAAAAUGACUCAUUAAACCAGGCCCUUCUAAAGGUGUUUUACUGAACUCAUUCAGAAAUGAAAAAUUUUUGGCGGGGGUGGGGAUGGGCGGAGGAAAAUGAGGCCACACCAAUUUCAACUGUUGUUUUUACGGUAUAAAAUUUAUUAGAGAAUAAAUAAAAAUAAAACUUGAAAAUCAUCUGAUUUAUGGAAAAUACGGUCUGUUUCAGCAAUUUCUUUCCUGACGAAGACACAUUUACAUAUUCUGAAAUUCUUGAAAACAGGAAAUUCAAAAAACUUCAAGAUUAAAAUGUUAAAAGCAGAUUUUCAGUUUUAAGUUUAGAUUUUUUUUUUUUAAUAUUUAGAUUAUUUGUGUCAGCUAGCCUGUAAAACACAAAAUAAACUGUCAGCUGAUGACCCAAAUGGCAGGAAGUCUCCUUGUGACUUUUGACAUGUGACCUCAUUGUUGUCUCCUCUUUCUCAGAAUAUGAUUGGAUGUCCAUAUCAUGUGACCUGGCCAAGGCAACACCUUCACCACUUGGCCUCUGCCCAUUCCCAGUGUAUUACGUUCUUGUUACCCAGCACACAAACAUGUAUAUCUCAUCAAUGUAUGCUUUUGGUAUAAGCAAUAUAUUUCCAAAGGAAACCAGGAAUGACAAAGAGGCAUUACCUAUGUUAAUGUUUCUCCUUAAUGAUUAUGGCCUGAUAUUACAUCAGCAAAGUUUCAGCCAUAUCAUGACGACCUCAUUGCAAGGAAUUCAGCAGUGAGUAUUAUCACUUACCAAGGUGAUUCCACCUGGAAAUUAUAUGUAUCUUAUAGGUCUAUUCCCAUGCUGCUGAUCACCAAGUGAUUAACAAAACAUGGCCAGCCUCAUGACCUUUGACCCACAUGAUACAAUGCAAAUGGCUUAGAUCCAACACAGGAAUCUAUCAUACUUGAUUUUCAAACCAUGGAUAUAAUGUGAUAUGGAAAGCAAAGGGGAAUAUUUUACAAAUAAUAUUAUGUAAUAUUGAACAGGUUGUAUAGGAUUGAUGAUGAUUUUUAGAGAUCUGGACGACAAAUUUCAAGACCCUUUCAACUCUACUUGUGUUGUGAAAAUUUCCUUUGUACCCUAAUUCCUCAACCUUUUCGCAUAUGAAAUACCAACUUUCAGUGUAAUUUACGCACAUUUAUCAUUUGAUUCUGGUUGGACUGGCCAAUUUCAGAGAUAUACAGAAGGUAUAAUUUUAUCAGUCAACACAAGAUAAUGCCUUCAGAACAGGCUAGAAUCACAGCUUGCAAACACGUGAAAAAACUGAAGAAUUAAACAGUAAUUUACACGCGAGAUUUGUUAGGUAUGACUUAGUUUCUGCUUAAUAAGAUGGGAUCUGAUGUCUGACAACGUCCUCGUUUGGCUGGGGGUUUUUUUACGGUACAUUUUUCUUUACUCCCUCUUCUGAGCCCAGUUUCACCAAGCAGGGGAUGACAUUUUUUUGAUCGUACAUUUUUCGUCUGACAUUUUGCACAUCAUUAUUACUGUGCCCUUGUCCUAUGUGUGCGAUUACUGUACAUGUACAACAUCUUUAUGAAACUGGGCCCAGGUUAUGACAUGUGGUCACAGGUUCUGUAACCUUACUGCACUUAGGCAAUACCAACUGUAUUUUGGGUUUCAAAAGCAAGCCAACACCAAAAAAUCCAAAACUGGAAAUAAAAACAAAACUCAAAAUCCACCUUUUCAUCAUGUGUGAUCUUGAUGUUUCUGUGAUUUUUUUCAAAUCAUGUAAAUAUAUCUUCAACAAGAAAAAAUUGUUCCAAUAGUCCUCAUUUCCCACAGACGAUUUUUCAGAUUUGUUUUUUAAUUUGUAUUCUCUCUGAUGACAUUGCAAAAAAAAAAACAAAAAUUAAAAUUGGCGUGGCCUGAUGGAUUCAGUCCAACAGAAAUGGGUCACAAUCCGUAGAAUACAACUUCUCACCAUAAACACUGAAUGCUUGUUCUUUUCAGCGCUUCUGUUAUUUUCCAAAACUGAUAAUUUGGAUCACGAAUUUUGUACAUAUACCAUACAUAUGUAUCCGAAUCUGUGGAUAUGAUUUUGGUUUUGAUAACAUGCAAAAGUAUUGAGUGAGUGAGUGAGUGAGUGAGUGCUUGGGGUUUAACGUCAUACUCAACCAAGAGUAUUGCCAAUAUAUAUAUAUUGCUAUUUUGUGCUUAGGCCUUGUUUCAAAAUAUGUUUGUUUCAUGUACCCCUACCAACCCACCAAACAGGCCCUAUUCAUGGCUACCAAUAAGCUUUCCUCUAGAAAAUCAGUUAAUUUUCCAUUCCUAGAACAAUUUUCCCACAAAUGCAAUAAGAACUCUGUACAAUAAUACUUUCAUGUAGUAAGGUCGUUGCCUAAAGACAAUGGCAUGUUAACCAAUUUUUUUUUUU